AUGUCUUGCUCUUCUCGCAUCUCCUCCUCCAGGGCUGGGAGCAGCAGGGUGUCCGCUGGUAGAAGCAGCUUCAGCAGUGGAAGCAGAUGUGGUCUCGGGGGUGGCUCUGCCAGAGGCUUCCAAGGAGGAACUGGCAAUUGUGGCCUGAGUGGGGGACCUAGCAGUGGCUUUGGAGGUGGCUUUGCAGGAGGCUUUGGGAGCUGCUCAGUAAGAGGUGGUCUGGGAGCAACCUUGGGCUCCGGGAGUUGCUUUGGUGGGGGCUCUGGAUUCAGCAGCGGUGAUAAUAGAGGUUUCUACAGCCAUGGAGGUGGUAUGGGAGGUUGCUUGAGUGGUGGCAUUGGUGACGGGGGGCUUUUCUCUGGAGGUGAAAAGCAAACUAUGCAGAACCUCAAUGACCGCCUGGCCAAUUACCUAGACAAGGUCAGAGCCCUGGAGGAGGCCAACACUGAUCUGGAGAAUAAAAUCAAGGCGUGGUAUGACAAAUUUGGGCCUGGGUCUGGAAAUGAUGGUUCUGGAAGAGAUUAUAGCAAAUACUAUUCAAUUAUUGAAGAUCUCAGGAACCAGAUCAUCACGGCCACUGUUGAAAAUGCUGGAAUCAUUUUGCAGAUUGACAACGCCAGACUGGCUGCUGACGACUUCAGACUGAAGUAUGAAAACGAGCUGUGUCUCCGGCAGAGUGUGGAGGCCGACAUUAAUGGCCUUCGGAAAGUUCUGGAUGACCUGACCAUGACCCGCUCUGACCUGGAGAUGCAGAUUGAGAGUCUCACUGAGGAGCUGACCUAUCUGAAGAAGAGUCACGAGGAGGAAAUGAAGAGUAUGCAAGGAAGUUCUGGAGGGGAUGUGACUGUGGAAAUGAAUGCUGCCCCAGGAACCGAUCUGACCAAAUUAUUGAAUGACAUGAGGGCACAGUAUGAGGAGCUGGCUGAACAGAACCGCCGGGAGGCAGAGGAGCAGUUCAACAAGCAGAGUGCAGCCCUGCAAGCACAGAUCUCUACUGAUGCUGGGGCCGCCAGUUCUGCCAAGAAUGAGAUAACAGAACUGAAGCGUACCCUGCAAGCCCUGGAAAUUGAGCUUCAGUCCCAACUGGCCAUGAAAAGCUCCCUGGAAGGGACUCUGGCUGAUACAGAAGCCAGCUACGUGGCUCGGUUGUCAGAAAUUCAGAUGCAGAUCAGCAGCCUGGAGGAGCAGAUCUGCCAGAUUCGGGGUGAGACUGAAUGCCAGAACACAGAAUACGAGCAAUUGCUGGACAUCAAGUCCCGCCUGGAGAUGGAGAUCGAGACCUACCGCCGCCUGCUUGAUGGAGAAGGAGGGGGCUGGGGAUAUAGCUCAAUUGGAUCCAGGGAUUCGGUAUCGGGUGACUCAAGAUCUGGAAGCUAUUCUGGUCAAGGAAGAGAUCCCAACAAGACGAGAGUCACUAAGACCAUCAUAGAAGAGGUGGUGGAUGGCAAAGUCGUCUCAUCUCAAGUCAGCAGUAUUUCAGAGGUGAAAAUAAAAUGA